CUGUAUUUUUUUUAUAUUUAAAAAGGUGUCUGUUUUGAACAUUUAUUGUUUCAUAACCAGAAAAAGUAAUCACUAUUUUAAAACUUUCACAGAUUUUAAAAAACACACGGUAGUGCUGACAUCCUUUGAUCGAGUUAUGCCUGUGGCCUGACUUCAUCAUAUGCUCUCCUAAUUCUCUCAUGUGGAAGCGAGGGUGGCCGGGCUAUAAUUUUCAGCGUCCCUUCUGGCCUUUUUAACUGUUCAUUGCCACAAGCGAUCCAGAACUGUCGGUAUUGUUUCUUGUUGCCAAUGCAUUAUGCCUGAAUGUAGUUUAUUUAUUUUAUUUUUAGAAGUAGGGUCCGGGGGGUGGGAGGGGGGAGUGGGUCUGACCAUGCUAAUCUCAACAGAGGCUUUGCCUUGUCCUUAAUCUUACAGUACACUACUCAGGGUUUUCUAAGAGUAGAGAGGCUCUAUAUUCGGAGCAGCCAGAUUUAUAAGAGUCUGUGUGUGUGUGCGUUCCUUCCGUAGAUCAAGAGCUUGUCCGUACCGUCUGGUGCUCUUUUAGGGGCGAAUGUCAACGUCCAAAGUGGAUCAAGGGCGAAAGAUGACUUGAGUGAGACUAGUAAGAAGCCUUUUGGGUGUGCUGUUUUGAGCUUCUGUUGGAAUUUUCCUGUGUUGGCAACCCUGGGUUAGGGUCGCACACCCCCACAGUUCUUGGAGGACAGAGCCACAAAUCAGAGACAGGAAUUCUGAUACUCUUAUGAGUACAGUUUUUACUAAUUUUUUUUUAGUUUAAAAAAUAGGGGAAGAUAUUUUACUUGAGAAGCACAAGUUCAUUUAAGAAAAGCUUUAAAGACCGGUGUCCUAUAUUCAGAGAGGGGACUAAGUUGAAAUUCAGCCAGGAUGAGUAAAGAGAAUUAAAAAUCUGGCCAUUUUUAAAGCCUGUGUUGGCUAGAAUGGCAGCUUGAAAACUGAUAUGUCCUGGGUCUUAAAAAAAUAAGAAAACAUAUUCUCAAAUGUGAAGUGAGGUUUCUGAAACUGAAAGGGUGAUUGUUUUGCACUUAAAAUGUAUUUUUUUAAUGUUCAUCUUUGUUCCUGUUUCAAAUAAUUGACAUUUAUCUUCAGUUGUGUUUACUCUUCUCAAAACAAUGUGGUUUUUUAAAUUUAAAGUUUGUACUGAUAAAAUAAAUGACACAUUUCAUCCAAGUGCUGCUGAAUUUCUUUUUCACGAUAAGCAUGGCUAUAGACUAUGUUAGAGAGGGGACAGGUUUUCCCAUUUUUCAAAUUGGCAAAAUCCUGAUGCAGUGUAGGGGAUGCUAGGGCCAGCUUGGCCAGCUGGCAUCUGUCCCCUAUGGGCGGGGGUCUCUUCAUUAGCAGGCUUCCUUAGAACAUUUAAAGAGAAAUGUGUUUGCCCCAGUUUUGACUUACAUGCAUUUUUGAGGGGAACACAGCUCUUGUGUAAAAUUAAGUACUGCUGAAAAGAGGUGAGUCCACUUCAACUGACUUUUCUCAUCUGACAGUUUCUUAUUAGUUUCAGCUAAAGUGAUACUAAUUACUAUCCAGAUAAAUUUAGAUAAAUACCAUCUCUGUAUCUUUUUAGUUCAGUAUAUUUGUAAAAACAGUACAAAGUGAGAUCCUGAGUUUAAAAGCCAUAAAUAAAACAAAUUAUUACGCCAUUGAAAAUGAUACAGUGAUAAAACAUAGCGGGACGGGUAAUAAGCCAGGGUCGCGAGAGCAGUGUCGCCCGUGAGGAGGCGCCGCAGCGGCUCAGCCUUGCUGAGUUUUAAGAGUUGGAGGUGGAGGUUCCCGUUCUGCUCCCGCGGGCCCACGGCUCUGUGUCCAGCACCGCUGUGUGCGUGGCCGCCCCCCCUGCUUUGGUCCCUCUGCCCUGCACGAGGUUGCGCACCUCCUGGGGACUUCGGAGCAGGAGUUGGAGGAACAGACAGCCCCGCUGCUUGCUGUCUGUCCUGCUCUGUCUAGGAUGAGUCGGACCCUCAUCGCCGCGUCCACAGAGGGUCAGGGAGGGAGGCCACUUUCGCCUGUGCGCUCCCUGGGAGCCUGCCCUGUAGUCCCAGGCACCGCUGGAGGGGGGACUGGGGCUGAGGACUGUGUUUCCUGGUGGUGUUUCAAUCUGGAGGCUUCUUGUCCUGAUUUGUUUUCUUAGCAAAUUGCAGUUCUGUUUCCCGGGCCUGCCAAAGGGCCGGGCUGCUCGUGCAGUAGAUGGGGCUUCUGGAGUCCGCCCGCCCGGUGGUCGUCUGUCCCGGGAUAGCUUUGUGACCUUGGGCAAGCUCCUUAACUUUUCUGAGUUUCAGUUUCCUCAUUUACAGAUUGGAAUAAUAGUUCCUAGCUCACCUAGUUUCUGUGAGGACUAAAACAAUACAAAGAACAUAAGAUCCCUAUUAGGGAGCUCUGAAAAGCGAGCUGCGCCUGAGGGUUACCGCUUCGUGGACUCGGCCCCGGAUUGCGCAGGUUGGAUGACACACGGUUUGUUUACAACUGCAGACGACACCGUGGUCCUGUAGGGUCCACGCGGCGGCGGAAUGCUGGUGACUUAAUCACGACUCACAGACGCUCCGGGAGCAGUUACGAGGAUUCUGGUCCCUUCGUUGUGGUCGUUGCACACGGUGUGAUCUGUGAAUGCACAGAAGGCCCUAAGCCCCUGGGGGCAGAACUGGGCAAGGGGGUGGAGUGGGGCAGGGCAGAUGCAAGACCCCAGUUUGCUUGUAAGAAUUUUGCUAUAAACUGUUCAGGAUUUAGGGCUUAUUACUUGAAGAAUUUUUUUAAUGUAGGUUUUUCCUUACGUUCUGUUUUUCCCCUUUAUCUGUGGAUUUUUAAAUUUUGCCUUGUUCCUUUAUUAGAAAAGCAAACCAAGUAUUUGCUAAAUGAAUGAAAAAAUAAAUUUAGAUAAAUGCAAGGAAGGGGGAAGAAAAGCAAUAUAAAUUCUUCACCCAAUUCUGCAGUAUGAUUUAGAAAAUUUACAAAGUAUUACCUAUACAAGACUUAUAUAUUGUUUUCCAUUAUUUUUUGAUCAUCAUUUGGAUCUUUGGAAACUGGCAGUUCUAAAUUCUGAGCUCUGGAGGCACCUCAGGAUUCUUUGAACCUGUUCACUGCCUCUAGGCAAGAGAACAGCUUAACCAAGCCAGACCCACGGUCACCCUCCCCAUCUUCCAGGCUUUCUAAGGCAGUGUCUUAUGCAGGAAAAAUCAACGGGAACGCUCAGUAUCAUUUCAAAAUAAGUGAAAACUUUGCCUGUGGACAUUGAGCUGAAGAAAGGAAGCGGCAGUCAGGAUUGCAGUCAGAUUUUUCAGGAUGGCUUUUGCCAAAUGCCAGAUCAAGUCAAAUUCAUGUUCACAAGUAUGUCCAAGAAAAUUAAGAACUGGUGCAUGAAAAGAUAGGAAAACAGUCCCAAAUCCUAGCAGUUUCAGAGCAAGCUUAUGAUCAGCUUGCUGAUGACCGUAUGGCUCUGGUGUCAGGCAUUAGCUUAGAUCCAGAAGCAGCAAUUGGCGUGACAAAACGGUCACCUCCGAAAUGGGUGGACGGAGUCGACGAAAUACAGUAUGAUGUCGGCCGGAUCAAACAGAAGAUGAAGGAGUUAGCCAGCCUUCACGACCAGCAUUUAAACAGACCCACCCUGGAUGACAGCGGCGAGCAAGAACGUGCCAUCGAAAUAACCGCCCAAGAGAUCACUCAGCUCUUCCACAGGUGCCAGCGAGCCGUGCAGGCUCUGCCCAGCCGGGCGCGCAGGGCCUGCUCCGAGCAGGAGGAGCGGCUCCUUCGCAACGUGGUGGCCUCGCUGGCGCAGGCUCUGCAGGAGCUGUCCACCGGCUUCCGGCGCGCGCAGUCGGGCUACCUCAAACGCAUGAAGAAUCGAGAGGAAAGAUCCCAGCAUUUUUUUGAUACGUCAGUACCACUAAUGGAUGAUGGAGGCGAUAAUACUCUUUACGACCGGGGUUUUACGGACGACCAGUUGGUGCUGGUGGAGCAGAACACGCUGAUGGUGGAGGAGCGGGAGCGGGAGAUCCGCCAGAUCGUGCAGUCCAUCUCAGACCUGAAUGAGAUAUUCCGGGACUUAGGAGCGAUGAUCGUAGAGCAGGGUACCGUCCUUGACAGAAUUGACUACAACGUAGAGCAGUCCUGUGCCAAGACCGAAGAUGGCCUGAAACAGCUUCACAAGGCAGAGCAGUAUCAAAGGAAGAAUCGGAAGAUGCUUGUGAUUUUAAUAUUAUUUGUCAUCAUCAUUGUCCUCAUUGUUGUCCUCAUCGGCGUGAAGUCUCGCUAGGCGUCCGUGGGGCUGCGUGUGCCACCCGCAUGGCCUCCCGGGCGUGAGGGGCGUGGCCACCCCGCGGGCACAGCAGAGGCGCGGGCUGUGGACCGCGUGGGGGCCUCAAGCGCCGGCCUGGACUCCUCGUCACAGUCGUGCUCAAGCAGAGGGAAUGGGCUUCUGGUUUUCCUUCGUUGUCAAGAAUUUAAGGACCUUUGCUACUGCUGCAGGAUAGAGAUUGAGCAGUGUUAUCAGUCAUAAUAUAUAUUUUUUUUAGAAAGAGAAAAUGAGUUGAAUGUUUACAGGCACUCCACAAGCUGGUCGAUACUGUAUGUGCAUAUGUUAUUUUUUUAGCUGUCAUGUCGGAGCAACAUGUUAAAAUAAUUUUUGGAAACAUUUUUUAAAAACCAUCUGGUUUUUAAGAAAUUUGGUACCAAAAAUUUGUGAGUAGAGGCAAAAAUGCCUCUUCAUCUUUCUUUGUAUGUUUUCCAGUUGAAAACAAACUGAGAAGUCCUUUAAGAAUUUAUAAUCCAUUCCCCAUUAACUUAAUUUAGCUUUUCCAUCACUGUUAAUGAUCAGAGUAACAAAGUGUGAAAAAGAAGAAACCAUCAUUGAUGGUAAUUAACACAUUUAGAUGGGCCGGUUACAACGGCCUCAUAAGUUUGAGUUAACUGUAAAUGGGCUGUUCCUCAUCCAGAAUCCGUGCCCUGCAUCUUCUACUGUAAACCAAAAGGGGUUACUAAACAAAACCACCUAAACUUAGAAGUUGCUAAUUCAAACCGACCUCACCAGAAAACAUGCAAAUGGAAGAUGGGCAGUGUCAUGGAAGUCACCAGAAUCAGCCGGUGUGUCCCUGUGCUCGUCCCCAGCUGUCCUUGCUCAAUCCAUUACUUCUAUACUAACCACAUAAUGGCCUGUUCAAACCAGACACCAUUUAAUGAACUGUGAAUUUACACACAGGCCGUUCUGAAUGGGCCGCCCCAUUUAGGAUUAGUGGAUCUCAAAUUAUUAACCAAACAUCACUCCGUUUCAAAGUCAAAUACUCCACCAGUGGUAUGAUUUAUCAGCUCCUUCACUGCUGCUAAUGUGCCCAAGAAAGUAGGCAUGUUCCUGCAGAUUGUGAAAAUCUGGAUUAGGAAAUCCCUUCUUUGCGUGAGCAUGAAUCAGAUCGCCAAAGCAAGACUUUGCCGUUUACUUACCUAUUGUUAAUAUGGUGCUCGAAUAUAUUUCUAGAACUGUAGAAUAAUGUGGAAAGUGAUGGCGACUUUGAAAGCUGAAGUUGUUCAUGUUUUAUUGGGUCUUGAGACACCAGUAUCUUUUUAAUGGUCUUUGUAUAAUUUCCGAUGGCUUUUCCAUUGUUUUUUUUUACCUCUCCUAAAAAGUUUGAGAGGAGCAUGACUUCAUUAAAUGUGCCGUGCUUUAUUUGGAUCAGUCACAUAAAAUAUCUCUUUAGGAUUGACUUUCAAGUAGGUUUCUGGAAACUUAAACUCAAGUCCAGAGGUUCAAGUCAUCCAAACAGAUCGUGGUCUUAAUACCCAAACCCACGUCCCAGCCUUCCCUUCCCAAGUCGUCUGUGACUCCAGGAGGCCACUGGUUUUCAUAUUACUGCCGUGACUGUAGAAUGAUCUAGAGGCACCCCUGGCAUUUCAGGAAAUCACGUGGUAUUCCCUGACAGACAGUUAUUUAUUGGGAAAAAGGUCGGGAAAUAUGAACCCCCACCUCCUGGGUCACCCCCGACACGUGGGGCUUCUCCAGACCUCGUGAGGAGCUCUAGGCACUCCUUACUCACAGCCGAGUCGAAUCCGGUGGCAGAGUCUGGGUGUCCUGGAGACCAGCUUCCCCGAGGAGCAGGGCUGCGCCGGGCAGGGCUCUUCCCUGCCCGACGGCCUCCAGUGGCACUCCUGGAUGACUGGUGGAGCUUUUAACGUGCUCAGUCUUACCCUUGAAGGAAAGUGACCCUUUAAGAAAGGAUCCCACAAGAAAGAAGGGACCGCCAUUUAUUUAUGUUUAUUUUCAGUUAAUAGGGGUGAUCGGGGUUGGUUUUUGCUCCCUACCCCCUCACCCCAUUUGGGUUAAAUAAUAGAGCUAACACACGUGGUGUCAAGGAUCUCGAGUGGUCUGAAGCCGGCGCGGGGCCAGCAAAAGCCCCACUGGCUGCUGCCAUUGCCUUGCCCCACGGCGGGAGGCCGCCCCAGAGCCUGGCGCCAGCGGGCCCAGCUCCUCGAAACACUGUAUUUUUCUUUUGAGCCUUUAUUAGGGAAAGAUCAGCAGCCUUGGGGCAAGUAAGAGAAAACUGGUAAUGGAGUCCCGGUCCCUCAGGGUCAUUCUUCCCCUCUGAAGGAGACGGGCUCCUGCAGACAGCCCUCGCGUGCGAGAAGGUCGAGGCAUCCCUCCGUCGGGCUCUGGUCACGAGCCUGCGGUGCGAGCAGAGAAGAGGGCCGGCAGGGAAAGCUCCGUUCGGGCACCCCUGGGCUCAGCCCCGGACACCUGCCCCCUCCAGCAAGUCCUGGGGUGGUUCCUUGGAUGGCACCGGAGAGGAGAGAAGUCAGUGUUGACCGUGGGGUCUCCAAAGCUCCUGAUCUUUCCCGAGAUUGUAACUGAAAUCUACUGUCUCUUCUUGUAUUAAUUUGGGGGCGGGGGGUGCUGUCUUCGCCAUGGACGUGAAGCAGUGUAUGUCUCUAAUUUAACGGAUUUACCGCUUUCUCUGCUAAUUGAGAGAGCAUUAUUUAUUUGUUUUGACACAAGUGCUUUCAGUGUUUUAUCCUAGCUAAUGGCUUCUUAAAGGUAAUAAAACCCUUCCAACCUAAUUGGUCAGAUAAGACUUUUCUUCUUGUGUGCUUAAAUAAAGCAAUUAGUGAAGCGCUUCUAUCCAAAAUGACUUUUUUUUGUCCUUUUUUAAAACUAAUUUACUGUUCCUGGAAACUUUUUGUACAAUAAAGCAGUCGUGCGGAUUAAAGAA